AUGCCGGAAGGGUUACCUCGGAUCGUGCUCUCCAGCCAGGAAAUACUUCACUGUGGCUUGGAGCUCCUGGGUUUUGAUGACAAGAGACAGUCGAAAGUCAACAAGAAGAAGAACAUGGCUCGAUUCAGGGCUCACUACGCCUCUCAUCCUCGUGUCUAUGCAGUGCUUAUUCAAUUGCUACAAACAACUGAGAACCCGGAUGCUAAUAUCAAUUGCUACAUUGACCAAGUCGGGACCGAGCAAUUCAAAAACUAUUAUUUCAUGGCGAUCCACUUGAUGGCCUGUUACCCCACAGAGGAAGAAGCCGAGGCAGUUUGGUCGAAGCUUGUCGCACCUUACAGCAAAACCUGGUCCAAUUGGUCAUGGAGAAUUGUAGGCUGCAUCUCUGAAUUGAUCUCUGAUGUUGUUAAUUGGCCAGAGUCCUGGUCCAACCCUGACAACCCAGACAGUACCGAGACAAUCUUCAUUCUCACGGUUGAUGGUGUACACUGUCCCAUCGAGGAGCCACCACACGACAAUUUCUCUGAGAACAAGAAAUUCUUCUCACAUAAAUUCCACGGUGCUGGUCUGGACUAUGAGAUUGGAAUGUCUAUUUUCACGCAGCGCUGUGUGUGGGUAGCUGGCCCCUAUCCGGCUGGCAAGAACGAUAUCAGCAUUUUUCGCCACAAGCUCAAGGGCCAAAUGUUGGCCGCACGAGAAAGCAGCAAAGACAAUGUGCAAUUUCGGGGACUUGCGGACAAGGGGUACAUGGGCGAGAGGGAUCUGCUUUCUGUACCCAGCUCUCAGGUUAGUGCGUGUAUGUGA